GUGGCGUAUACAUUAGCCGAUCACAUCAAAAUGCACCGCCACUGACGUAUCGGUAUAAAUCUGGCAUAGAUAACGCUAGUCCGUCCAGUUGAACAACAAUCAUCAAAUCCGAACAAGAUGCGCGUUGAGUUGCUAAUCUUCCUGUUUUGUUUGAUCGCCUUGGUCUCAAACAAAGGCCUCAAGUUGGAGUUCUCUUGGACCAGGAUUACCUAUCAGUGGCCCAGGGAUGGACAGUACCUCAAAAGACAAACGAAGACUGAAUCACGGUAUCGGGGAUCGGGUGGUGGAGGAAGAGGGUCAGAUGUAAUCACGUUUGAAGGGAUGACCAAUGCCAAUGAGUUUGAGGUCAGUACACAGGGAGGCAGAGAAAGCAGGGAACCACCUAAUAAUAUCGAUUAUCAGUUCGUGAACAACAUUCCUAUGGGAACCAAUGUAUGGCGGAACAAACUCUUCGUAACUGUUCCAAGAAGAAGACUAGGGGUACCAUCGACGUUAAACUACGUUCCCUUGGACAGCCCACAGAAACAAAAUGUGCCCUUGAUCCCAUAUCCAAACUGGGGAAUAAAUCUAUAUCCUGGGCCACGUGAGAACUUCGUGUCAGUUUAUAGGGUUGGCGUCGACCCCUGUGAUCGCCUAUGGUUUGUCGACACCGGUAUUAUAGAGACACCAGGUAACACGACUAUCGUGAAGCCCUCUGAAAUUAUAAUAAUUGAUCUCAAAACGGACAGAAUUGUCCAAAGAUACUCGAUUCCAGCAGAUCAAGUGACUCCAACUUCAAAUCUAGCAAGUGUAGUGAUUGACGUAACAGAAGAUACAUGCCUCAAUGCAUACGCCUAUAUACCUGACUUAGGAGGUUACGGUCUGAUAGUAUACAGCCUGAGAGACAACAGGUCAUGGAAAGUUAGACAUAAUUACUUCUAUCUGGAACCACUUAGUGGUGAAUUCUACAUAGCUGGUCAUCACUUUCAAUGGAACGACGGCAUCUUCAGUGUGGAGCUGACUGAUCUCAAGAAGGACGGUUACAGAGACAUGUACUUCCACUCCAUGGCUGGAACGAAUAUGUACAAGGUGUCGACAAAGAUACUGAGAAAUGAAACUAUGGCUACCAGAUCGUAUCACGAGGAUGACUUCCAGCUCAUAGGCAACCGAGGUCCAAACUCUCAGACAUCUUCGGCUGACCUCCACAAGCCCACAAACAUCAUGUUCCUGGGUCUAGUCAACGAAAAUGCUUUGGGAUGUGUCAAUAUGAACCUCAUGACUGCCGGUGUCGUCCAAAAAGAUGACCAACGAAUGAUUUACCCCAGUGAUGUGAAAGUCGUUAAAGAUAGAGUGUACGUGCUCACAAAUACCAUGCCAGAGUUUCUGUAUGGUCGGUUAAAUUAUGACGAAGUCAACUUCAGGGUUUGGCAGAAUACUGUCCAAGAAGCUGUUGAAGGCACCAAGUGUGCACAUCCCCGACCUUCAAGACCUUAUUAGAGAGAAUGCGAUGUAGAUAUAAGUUUUUUUUAAUAAAUGUUAAAAUUUUGUGUUAUCUUAUUUAGCCUUAGGUAGCAUUAAAAAAACUCUAAUUCAAUAUUUCCUUUUUUAGGCUGUACUGGAUAAUGUGAUAAAAUGCACCAUGAGAACCUAUACGUUCUUCUUAAAGACAGCUCAGUUUAUCGAUAUCAGACACCACGAGCAUGAUUUUCCUGCUAGUAUCGUUGCUGAGACAUUAUCAUACAGGCUCUUAGAAAAAUAAGCUUCACUGCUUCCGGUAUAAUGUUUCUGGCGAUCUCAAGCUCGAUUAAUUUUUAUGAUCACCAUCAUCUGAGUGCUACGCCCUCAAAAUUUCGAUGAAUUACGGAAUGGCAUUCCAAAACUAUUUAGGAAAUUAACGAUUUACAGUAGGAUCAUCUUAGCUUCUUGUACCUCCGAGGCGCCGAGGAUGCUUUUUUAGAAACUUGAAACCUUAUUUUUUAUGAUUGUCAAUCCGCGAGAGUCCCAUCUUAUUUUCCUAUAUCCUGUAUGGAGGAUCUUAUAGCCUAAGCUUUCUGCAUGUGAUAUCUCAGGUUAUUCUGAAGGUAUUUCGUUUCAUUCUGUGGAAAAACUACCCCAAACACUGCUAUAGUGCAAUUCCAGGGCAAAUAACCUUGUCGUUCUUGAGAUAUUGAAAAACGUAUUUAAAUAUCGGCAAGGUAGCCACUUGGAGCAUUGAGUAAACAGAUAAGUAAUAUGACUUGUAAGACAGUAGAUUAUGUGCUUUUAUUCACGUGUGAGGGUCAUAUCGAUCUGAAAGAAGUACAUUCUGACAUAGCUGUUACCCACUAAAGUUGUUGAGUACAUCUGCAUUUGUUUAUUCUCAUUUCCAUUUCCAACUAUCUAAAUCCCAGUCAUAUCCAUUCUAGGAAGUAAAUGGCACAUAAAAAAUAACAUAUCUGCGCUGUUUCCCAUGGUAAUCAAGUCGGGGCUGGCAACUCAUGCGGAUAAAUCGGUGCUCUAUGAAAAAGGGGCCAGCCAAGCAUCGGUAUUGGGAUGCUCCCAGAAACUAUAGCAUUAUGCGAAGAUCAAGUAGCUGCGAUAACACGACGAUUGUUUCGUGACAGCAGCUCUCAAAAUGUUCAUAAAUAUUCCUCUCCUCAGUUUUUUAGACCGGAGAAAGUUUACUAUAGCCCUUCGUAGGAUUACCGUGACAAUUUGAUAAAGACAACUUUCCACUUACAGUAUCAUCUAGAGUUUACCACACAUAUAACAUUAGAACAAAUCAUCAAAAUUUAAUUGCACCUUCACUCUAUACAAACGCCAAUUGAGACUCACCCUCGAGUACUGCUCUCAUGUUUGGAGUGCUACCUCGCCGACUACACUGUCUGUACUCAAAUCCAAUCAGAAGAGGGAUGUGUGACUAAUCGGUUAAACUGUAAUAUAUUUAUAUUUCUAAUCUAGUGGGCCUUUACUCCUUAAUUCUGUUUUUGUUAACUUUAUUCUGUUUAUCUUUGUUGCCAGGUAUCGCGAGGUAGUUGCUCUGCUUACCGCAGUAUUUCCGGUGAUCUAUAUUAUUUGUAACAGUUUCUAAUAACAAUAUUUAGACGGUGUGUUCGUACAAUACUACACCUCCCCCCCCCCCGAU